CUGCGCUGAGUUCGUCUCAGUUGAAGCUGGACAACGACAGAGCAGCAGGGAGCGACGACACCGUGGUGGAUUUAUUAUGCCCAAUUUGAUCAGUUAUUGCCAGUCGAACCGGUCAUACCCAUGGUGAAGAGAAAGAAGACGUCGCCCACUUCCGAAGAUCAUGAAAUUGGCAUGACACCGGGCUCCAGGGAGGGGAUCGGUGUCGAUGGGACGGCGAAUCCGUCCAGAAAAGCCGACGGUUGCGACGAGGAGGAGAGCGGAGAGCAGGCGACCGAGGAGCGCAGUACAAAGGGAGACGAGCGAGUGGAAAUUCUUAAUCCAGCACCCGCUACUCUCAGCCCCGGUUCGGUUCAACCCGGAUCGGGUUCCAGCCAACAGACCCAUCCCUCGGUGGAGCCCAGUACCCCGUGUCACGACCAACAUCAUUUUCUCCGGUCCAGCGUUCGACCUCCAAGCAAAAGGAUCCGGAAGGAUUCCAUCGGCUCGACCAUCAACGGCCAUGGCGUGGCCAAAUCGAAAGGUGCAGAGAAUGGCUCAUCUUCCCAGGGUGCUUUGGGACAAUCUGGACCUGCUGCUGGAUCUUCUGGGGGAGUCUCCAAGACCACAAAGGGCCAAGGAUCCACCGAGAAGGAGGAGCAAGCUGGUAACCAAAAGCGAGCUCGUCGGCAGUGGGAGUCUUGGAGCGCGGAGGAUAAAAACAGUUUCUUCGAAGGGCUUUAUGAGCAUGGCAAGGAUUUCGAGGCCAUCCAGAAUAACAUCGCCAUGAAGUACAAGAAGAGAGGCAAGCCAGCUAACAUGGUGAAAAACAAGGAGCAAGUCCGCCAUUUCUACUACCGCACAUGGCACAAGAUCUCCAAGCACAUUGACUUUGCUAACGUGUAUACUCGAGUGCUGAAAAAAUCCUCUCAGGAGCUGUACGGUCUCAUCUGCUAUGCCGAGCUCCGCAAAAAAGUUGGAGGGCUCAUGGAUGACAAGAAUGUGGCAAAGCUGAAUGAACUCAUCCAACAAGGGGCCACCACUGUGCGCUCCAAAGGGAGGAACUUGCGAAUUAAAGCACCCAUGUGUCGUGCGCUGAAGAAACUUUGUGACCCGGAUGGAGUAAGUGACGAGGAGGACCAGAAGCCGGUGCGUUUACCCCUGAAGGUGGCGGUGGAGCUUCAGCCACGCAGCAACUAUUCCUGGGCCCGCGUUCAGAGUCUUGCGCACAACCCUCGCCUCAGGAUGGUGGUGGAACUUCACAGAAAGGUUUCCAGCCUCAUCGAGUACCUGAAGCAGAAGUGGGCCUAUCACGACCAGAGAAUUAUAAAAAGUCUGAUGGAAAGGGAAGCUUUAGAGGUGUCCAACGCCACUUCUCCAACCAAAGCCCCGCCCGAGGAGCUCUUCCUUUUCCCGGCCGAGAGCAGCUCCCUCACCACGCUACCCGGUGUGGCUCGUGUGGUACACUCCAAGGCCUCGUGCACGGUACACUGGCAAGAAAGUGGCAAAGCCCGGCCCAAUGCCAAAGAGCUACCCGCCGCCCAGAUUUGGGGUAUUCACACAGCUCCAACUUCACGGACAAACAACAAAUCUGGGCGAGGAAGCGCGGCGUCAACCGCUUUGGUGACCCCGCAGACUGACACUGGUCAAACAGAGCCUCCCAGUCUUGAGAUGUCACCUGAUGCUUCUGCCAAGGUAGAGGAGAAGAGGCCAUCUCCAUCUGCACUUCCUCAGCAAGUGGGAAUUCUUAGAGAGGAGGCAAGUGAGGGAGGACUUGUUGAGGGGAGCAAAACCUGCACUGCUAGCGUGGAGUCCUGUGGAGGCCUAGCAGGGACCAAAACGACAGAUGCAUCAUGUGGUGCCGCAGAGAACUCGCAAGACCCGUGCAAGGAGGAGCUGAGCGCAAACUCCUCCUCGGACACCAUCCAGACCGCUCCAGCCAAGCUCUCCGUGGUCAGCCCAGAGGAAGGAGCGCCGCAGAGCUCGCCGCCCGCAACCAAAGAACGAACCGUCGAGCAGAUCCGAGGUGAAGGCUGGAACAUCCGCGACGCCGAGAACGUCACGCUGGCAGAGUUGUACUUAAUGUUCGGGAAGCCCGGCAAGCUGCAGCUGGAGUACGAGUGGCAGGCCAGCUCGGACCUUCACGAAAAAGGGCAAGCGUCAGCGCAGCACGGGAAACAACGAGUGCUACGCUGUCUGCUAAGACUGGUCACCACAGAGGUCAACCCAAAACCUUUGGCUCCGGAGCUUUGUUCCACAGCCACGUCACCCCUCAAGACUCCUCAGGAGAAUCAAAACCAGGCCCUCACACCCCCGGGAAAAGGUCCCAUUGCUGGGGUCCGUAGCCCCAGUUUUGGCCGGCAGCCCGCCUCUGUCCGAGGGGCCAAGUUGCACCUGCCAAACGUUGGAGGCUCAGGUGCACGCAACCUUCCCCGCUCUCUGCUGGGCUCAUCGGGGGCAGCGGGCAGUGACGCCGAGGGCAACGUGUUUGCAGUACCCACCACCCUCCCCCCGAACAGUUCCCGCCACAAUCGAAUGUUCUCCCCCAACAAAGAGGCUGAGCUGGCCCUGAAGCAGCAGCUCGACUCCAUCAGUAUGCAGUCCGAUCUUUUCCUCUCGCGUCCAAGAAAACCUCGAAACAAACUCCGGAAGCCGCUCGUCGUUCAGCGAACUCUCCUACCGCGAACUACAGGGGACACGUCCCAGCACGUCUGCUCCCUCUCCAUCCUCUCCAACUCUUCUGCCACAGGAACUGGAUCUUUCCGGCCAAUUCAAACCCGGCUUGCCCCUGGCUCCCUCCCUCUACCGUCCAAAGCUGCUUCUUCAGCUGCAGUAGCCAGCCAACUCUCCAGUGCAAUUGACCUCGCGGCAAAAUCUGCAGGCAUCAUUCCAGGAAGUCCUCGUCGGGAGCCAGAUUCUCCUGCGCUGGUGGCCCCUGCUCCGAUUGUUGACGCUGACCCGGACCCUCAGCUCCUCCAGCACAAUAUCUCUGAGAAUGGUCUGCCGCCGCCAUCUCCCGGAGUAACAGGGGGUGGAGACUCGCUCCUUUCCCCCCCCAGCGUGGCCUCAUUACUGGACAUCUCUCUACCGGGCCCACCUGAGGAAGCUAUGACCCCAGGAGAGAAUCAAACACACAUCAGUGACUCCAUCAUUGAGCUGGCCAUCAAUUCUGCCCACUAUGGUGAGGAGGCGGCGCUCUCCUCAGCUAAACUGAGUAGCAGCGACGGCUCCAAACUGCUGACUUCGUCUCCCUCCGUCAGCCCGUCCCGAGGAUGGAUUCCCUCGCCCAGUCACGACCCGCAAUGGUAUCCCAGUGACUCCUCAGACUCCACUCUGGGAUGCCUCCUAUCUAGCAUGGUGUCUUCUGAUAAGGGCAGGCGGAGCACCCUCACCCCCACCGGCCCCUCCAGUGGCACAGCUUUGCUGGGUCCGAGCCUGCUUGACUGCAACUCCCAUGAUUCCUUUCAGUCACGUGGGCUCCCUGAUGUGGCAGAGAUGGACUCUCAGCUUGCCUGCAUGAUGAGCGAGAGCAGCGUGGACUACAUUGCACGCUUCAACGACCUGGCUCAGGAACUCGCCGUGGCCGAGCCUUCGAUUCCACCACCCUGAGGGGGGAGGCGGGGCAAGCGUCGCCGACGCCAUCUGGACAAAACAAGUGAGCGCAUUCUACCUGCUAUCAAAGACAACUGCGGCGAUAGACCACAAACCGAAAGCCAUCCCUGCCCCGUUUGUUAAAGUGCAAUAAUUCAUGUUGUGAGAGCCACAUUGUUCAAAGACACGCUGGCUUCACUGAACUUUUUUUGCAAUGAGAUGGAAAAAAGUCCCUUUAAAAGACUCUUACGUUAACAAAACACAACCUCAUGUACAGGAAAUUACUUUGCCAUAUCUGAACAAAAAUGUCACUGAACCGUUUUUGUCUUUUCCUGCUUUUUUACGUUUGUGCCCUAAAAUGUGCAUAUCUGCCAAAAUGCCUAGUUAGACUGCUCAUAAAAAAGAUGUUUGGCCGUUGAAUCGAGGUGAUUGUUAAAAACAAAACAAUUCAACACUAGAAAUCCCGGUCAUGCUACUGUUGAAGUUGCCUUUUACUUCACAUUUAUUUCUUCUCCAUCCGUUCCGUUUGAGCAGUUUAGUGAAUAUUUGCAGCAUGAAUUCCGUUUUUAUUUUUUGUAUUAAUUAAAGGCAGUAUGCAAUAUGGCAGCUUUGGUCAGUAGAAAGUUUAACUUCAUUUCAAUUUGGUGCUGAAAUGAUAUUUGAAAUCAUUGUAAAUAUCCGGCUGCUUGAUGACCUAAUUGUAUCUGAUGAAAAAAAUAUAUCUGGCUGCAUUAACUGAUUGAAAGAAGAGCUGUACAUUUUAUAGCUUCACAUUUGCAACCUUUUAAUUUAACCAAUACACAAUCAUUUUUACUCUAUAGACGUAUUUUCGUUUUUAAAUUAGCACUCCAAUUAACUUGACAGAGAUGUGUAAUCAACAUAUUUACCUUUCAUUACAUAACAUUGGAUUGGUUGUGUUGAACACAGUUGAAAAAUGGACUGAUAGUUGAAGUGAACACUUGUGCCAAAGUCACUAUAAAGAGCAACCGCAGUUUUCAUCUCAGGCUGCUCUUUGUAUGUUGAUUUUAUGAAACGGACCGACCGACCGACACUUUCCCCCCAUUUUGGUGCUCAGUCAUUUCCUGCAAAUACAUCUCAAAAGUCCGUCGUCAUUGCAACGAGUGGUUUAGCAAAGCGUUGUGUGAAUUUGUUGUUUCACUUGAUUGGAUUUGAAAUAUCCUGUUUGCAGGAAUGUGGGGAAAUAGGAAAAGGAGAAAGCACUAUUUUAACAUUUACUUAACAUUUAAAAGUGAGAUUUUUAUU